CUCACAUAGAAACUAAUUGAUCAUAGUGAAGAGAGAUGAAGGUGAUAGAGAAGAUUCAACAGGCGACCGACAGAGUUGUCUUUUCCUUUGAGUUCUUCCCACCGAAGACCGAAGAUGGAGUCGAGAACCUGUUCGAGAAGAUGGAACGGAUGGUGGUACACAAUCCUUCAUUCUGUGACAUCACUUGGGGAGCUGGAGGUUCCACGGCGGAUCUGACGCUGGAGAUCGCCAAUAGGAUGCAGAAUAUGGUUUGUGUUGAGACCAUGAUGCACCUCACUUGCACAAACAUGCCUGUUGAGAAGAUUGACCAUGCUCUUGAUACUAUCAAGUCCAAAGGCAUUCAGAAUGUUCUUGCUCUUCGAGGUGAUCCUCCUCAUGGUCAGGACAAGUUCGUUCAAGUCGAAGGUGGAUUUUCCUGUGCUCUUGAUCUGGUAAAGCACAUGCGGUCCAAAUAUGGCGACUACUUUGGAAUAACAGUUGCUGGUUACCCAGAGGCACAUCCCGAUGCCAUAGAAAGUAAUGGUCUGGCUACGCCGGAGUCAUACCAGAGUGACCUAGAGUACCUCAAAAGAAAGGUUGAUGCUGGAGCUGACCUCAUUGUCACUCAACUUUUCUAUGACACUGAUAUUUUCCUCAAGUUUGUGAAUGAUUGCCGCCAAAUUGGAAUUAAUUGCCCCAUUGUCCCAGGCAUUAUGCCCAUUAAUAAUUAUAAGGGAUUUUUUCGCAUGACAGGUUUCUGCAAAACUAAGAUUCCUGCUGAGCUUAUUGCAGCAUUAGAACCUAUCAAGGACAACGAAGAAGCAGUCAGAUCUUAUGGAGUUCAUUUUGCAACAGAAAUGUGCAAGAGGAUUAUGGCCACUGGAAUUAAGACAUUGCACCUCUACUCAUUAAACAUGGAGAAAUCUGCUUUGCAAAUAUUAAUGAAUCUUGGAUUAAUUGAGGAAUCCAAAAUUUCAAGAUCAUUGCCCUGGAGAAGACCAACAAAUGUUUUCCGUGUCAAAGAAGAUGUUCGCCCAAUCUUUUGGGCUAAUCGUCCAAAGAGCUACAUAUCAAGGACAAUAGGUUGGGAGCAAUACCCACAAGGGCGAUGGGGAGAUUCCCAGAAUGCAUCAUACGGAACCUUGUCUGAUUACCAGUUUAUGAGGCCAAGAGCUCGUGAUAAAAAGCUUCAAGAGGAGUGGGUUCUUCCUUUGAAGAAUGUUGAAGAAAUACACAAUCAAUUUAAAAAGUACUGCCUUGGGGAAUUGAGAAGCAGUCCAUGGUCAGAAUUAGAGGGACUUCAGCCAGAGACAAAGAUUAUAAAUGAGCAGCUGGGAGCCAUUAAUUCGAAAGGUUUUCUUACAAUAAACAGUCAACCAGCAGUUAAUGGUACAAAAUCUGAUUCUCCUUCUGUUGGGUGGGGUGGACCAGGUGGUUAUGUGUAUCAAAAGGCAUAUGUAGAGUUUUUCUGCUCGAAAGAGAAUUUAGAUACUCUGAUCAAGAAAAGCGAGACGUUCCCAUAUUUAACCUAUAUGGCUGUUGAUAAAGGAGGAAACUGGGUAUCCAACAUUACCCAAAAUAACGUGAACGCAGUCACAUGGGGAGUCUUCCCAGCCAAGGAAAUCGUUCAACCGACAGUAGUGGAUCCAGCCAGCUUUAUGGUUUGGAAGGAUGAAGCUUUCGAGAUUUGGUCAACUGGUUGGGCCAAGUUAUACCCGGAAGAUGACCCAUCAAGAAAACUGCUUGAACAGGUGCAAAGCAGUUACUUCUUGGUCAGCUUGGUGGACAACGAUUAUGUCAAUGGUGAUCUGUUUUCUGCUUUCAAGGAUCUCUGAUGAACUAAUCUUUCUCGCGUUUGCAUCUAUCAUAUAUAUAGCUAGCUCCUACUCACGUUUGUUAUGUAAUUUUGAGAUUUUUAUUCUACAAGAUGAAAUAAGAUGUGUUGCUUGAGUGAAAGCCAUUCUAAUGUUACCUUUUAAGGCAAUAGAAAUCGGAAAAUUACAGC